UUACAUUUUUGCUUCUUUUACGUUUUUGCACUUUAAUGCUUUCUACUUAUUUUAUAUUUUUUCCCAUUCUUUUUUUCGAUCAUUUUGUAACAAAUUUAUUCAUUUUAAAUAGUUCUCAUUAUAUAUGAGAAAAAUUCUUAUAUGAGAGCAUGCUGAGAACACUUUAGAUAAUCCUUUUUAACCAAAAUCCACUUUGGCUAGAUUAGAAACUUUUUUUUCCCUUGUCGAACAAUCUUUCAAAAGGAUUUUAUUUUAAAAAAAAAGGUUAUCAUGUAAUAUGUCAAAAAAGGAUUAUAUUUUAACUAAAAUGAAUUAUAAUUUUCGUUAUUCUCUUGUUAUAUAUUAGAAGUGUUCUCAUGUAAACAUAUACAUAUCCAUGCAUUUAUUCAUGUACAUAGUUGAUAGUACUCCUUCCAUGCCAUCUCUUAUAAGAAAAUAUGUCUUUGUGUAAGCAAACUUGGGUUUCUUGUUUCUUGCUUUGUAUCUUGAUUUCGACAACUACGUCAAAUAUAGAAAAUGGCGACAAUCCAACAAAACAAAUGGCGUCCAGUAAUUCAUCUGUUACAUCAGUUAUUAUAUUUGGAGACUCAACUGUCGAUCCAGGGAAUAAUGACUUCAUUAACACGAUUUUCAGAAGUAAUUUUCCUCCAUAUGGUGUUGAUUUUCCAAAUCAGUCUCCCACAGGAAGAUUCACUAAUGGAAGACUUGCUACAGAUUUUAUAGCUUCAUACAUAGGAAUCAAAGAACAUAUCCCAGCGUAUCUAGACCCAAAUCUUACCAUGCAAGAUCUUAUUACCGGAGUUAGCUUUGCUUCGGCUGGUACGGGCUAUGAUCCUGGUACAGCAGAAAGAAAUAAGGUAAUUGAUUUGGAAACGCAACUGCAGUACUUUGAAGAAUACAAAAAUAAACUAAAAGGCAUGGUUGGGAAAAAGAAAAUGGAGUAUAUCAUUAAGAACGCAGCAUAUGUGAUUAGUUGCGGGACAAACGAUCUUGUUUAUACAUAUGGACCGCUAGAUUUGCGUCUAGUGCCUGAUGACGCCAUUUCCGCUUACCUUCAUUUUAUGCUCGAGCGAAGCAAAUGGUUCUUACAGAGUUUACUUGAUCGAGGCGCAAGAAGGAUCGGAGUAGUGGGUCUACCACCAGUGGGUUGCUUACCAAUAGUGAUAACUUUUCAUUCUUCUCUACAUCAACCACGUGAUUGUAUAGAAUCUAUGUCAUCAAUUGCGAGAGAUUACAACAAAAUGCUCCAACAAGAAUUGACAACCGCGCAAGCUUCCCAACCGAACAUACGAGUAGCUUAUGGGGACAUAUAUUCAACUUUACAAGACCAAUUUAAAUAUCCACAUAAAUAUGGUUUUGAGGUUGUUGAUAAAGGUUGUUGUGGAACCGGUUUAUUUGAAGGAGCAAUAGCAUGUAAUUCCUUGUUGCCAAUAUGCAAUGACCGAUCCAAGUAUGUAUUUUGGGAUGCAAUACACCCCACCGAAAGAUCAUACUACUUUCUUUACGAGGCUCUUCGUCCUGUCGUUGAUUUUGUUGUCAACAACUAAACAGAAGCAUUUAUUUCAAAUAAUAUCGCAGCCAACAAUAUCAAGAUAUCGCAAGACCGAUUGUACGUUUUGUGUCGUCUAUCAAAAAAGAAAAUGUUGUCUGUGUGUUUUCAUUCUUUCGAGGGUCACAAAAUGCAAUAUCAAGGAAUAUGUAUGCGCACAGCCGCGCAAUUACUUGCUCGAU